UCGUCUCAGUCGAUCACAAGAGAGCGACUCGCACGUUUCUCAUUAUACCUGAACAGGUGAACAGGUGUGUGUUUGGUUCGAAAGUUUUGUAGUGUCAGCUAUUCAUUAGCCAAGAAAAAUAUUAAGCGCCUUGAGAAGCUUUCAAAAUGGGCGCCUUAUCUGACUUGAAAAACUUCGCACUUUUGGCGGUAUUAGGACUUUUUUUUCAAACAGCCCAAAGCAUCAGUUGUUAUAGGUGCGAAAGCACAAAUAGUUCAAAUCCAUUUCAAUGCAACGAAUUUAUGAGAGAUGACGUCGACUUGACCCCACAAUCGUGCGAUGAUGUUUUCGAUGCCCAAUAUUGUGUGAAACGCGUUGGACGUUUCGAGGGGCUGGCACUCAAAUGCUAUCAGUGUGCAUCUGCAACCCAAUGGGAAUGCGGAGAUGGAAAUUUGGUGGUGGAAGCACUCCAACCGCAAAGUUGCGAUCAUGUCUUCGAGGCGCAAUACUGCAUUAAAUCAUUCGGAACUUAUGGAGGUGGAAUCGGCACGAAACGAGAAUGCUCGUCAAAACAUCUCGGAACUUACUGUGACUACGUGAAACAACCUGGUGACAAAUUAACUUACCGGACCUGCAUUUACACCUGCUCAGGAGACGGUUGCAAUCCAGCGUCGAAAUCGUUACCAAAUACAAUAUUUUUUCUUUUUAGCAGUAUUUUCCUCACUUUUGUUUCAUCAUUUCGAAGAUGAAUUACAAAUUUUAGGAAAUAGAUUAACUCGUUAACUGACUAGGGUAGUUGACAUAAAGCGCGCGAACGAAAUUUAAAAUUGAAAUGUUCAGUUUAAAGUUUCGUCAAAUUCUACAAUUGUAUCCAAAGGACCAUCCAUAAAUAGUAUAUAACGUUCAUUUUUUAGUCAUUUUAUGAUAAAAUAUUGUAACAAUAUCCACAAAAACAAAGUUUUUUUUUAACAUAAUUUUUUAUUUCAAGAGAUUUCGUAUUAUUUUGAUGAAAUUUCAAAGAAAAGAUUACAAGGAAUUUCAGAAAAUUUUCAAAUAUUUCAAUGAAUUUCAUGGGAUUUGAUCAGA